UUCAUUUCGCGUUUUCUCUUUUUAUGUAAAAUAUGUCAAUAUAAUAAAUUAUUUGGACAAUUACACAAGCGAGACAAAGAGACAAAUAUCAAAGCAGAUUAUCACACUUUGAGAGGUGCCUGUUGCCCUGUCACAGAGACAAAAGACAGGGAAAGAAACAUGAACUCAAAUGAAGAGGCAGCGAGUGCAUCCAAACCUUCUCAUUUCAUAGGAAAAAAAGAGGACCUCAUUCAAGCCAGACGAGUGGUGAUGUCAGUUGGCGGAAGAGAUGUUCUCGUGCUUUACCACCAGGGGGAAUUUUAUGCUAUUGAUGUACGCUGCUACCACUCUGGAGGCCCCCUUCAUCAAGGAGAUAUUGAGGAGUUUGAUGGUCGGCCAUGCAUUAUGUGCCCAUGGCACAAAUAUAAAAUUACAUUAGCUGAGGGUGAAUGUCUCUAUCAGGCAGUGGACCCUUCUGCGAAGCCUCUCAAACCAACCUGGUGUUCUAAAGGCAUUAAACAAAGAGUCCACACAGUGACAGAGACAAAUGGAGAUGUCUUCCUCACCUUAAAUGACUUACCAGGAGCCAUUGACUCUGAUUACUACCAGACAGAGAAAUACAGAGACACUUUCAAAAAAGAAAUAAAUAUGAAGUGACCUCACAAGAAGAAUUAUGUUCAAGAGUGGCUCUGAGCCCAGAUGAUCAACAAAGAGUUUUACAUGUGGUCUUUAUGUAAUAGCUGUAUGUGUAUUUGAAUAGCUGUACAUGUCAGAUCCAGCAUCUGAUAUUAAGGUUUAAAAAAUCUAUUUUGAAAAAUGUGCUUUCCAAGUGCUUUUGAACUUUUCUGGCAUAAUCGACAAGACCAUUUCUAUCAUUUCUACCAUUUCAUGUCUUU